AUGGAGGGCUCAAAUCAAGAGUUUUGACUCAAAAGCAUAAAAGAUAGUAAUUUUAGCAUCUCGAACCUUCAAAAAGUUGCUAUCAAUUCCUUGUCGAAUAUUAGUGACAUGUCAAAAGAAAUCAAGGGUGGGAAUGACUCAAGUUUAGAUAACCUAGCUCAAGAGUUAUUCUGUGAUGAUUCCAAUAGCAACCAAUAUAGCAGCUCUAAAAAGAAAAAUCAAAAUCUGUUACCAAUGAAAAAUGAAUCACUUGCUUUGGAAUAUAUUGAAGAGGCCCAGAUCAAUCAAGAUUUUUCAGAGUACUCUGGUUUGGCGGACUUUAUCGAUAAGACUCUAACCAAAAGUAACAAGAAUAUAAAACAAGCUAUUGCAGGUAGACCCGACAAGGAAAAUGUGGGAAACAACAAUUCGAUUAGCUUCAUCGAGUUUGCGGAUGAAUUUCAGAAAUGCAAAAACGUCAACAUGAUCUUUCGAAAAUUGAACAAAGCAUUUUCUAUGAAGAUCAAUAAGGAUUGCCUUAAGAUCUCCGAAAGUCUCCUUGAAAUUCAGGACACAAUGAAAAACUUGGAAUCUUAUUCACAGAAAUACCAAGAAAUGAAGAAUAUUAUUAGUCUGAAUGACUUGAAAUCUUUGAUGAGCUGCUUGACCAAGAAAAUUCCUACUCUAUCCUCCCUUGUGAAUACAUGUGCCUGUAGGAUUAAGGAGAUAGAAAAUGCAGGAGAUACAGCCUUCGAGGAAUUUCAGCAGAAAUGCAUGAAGAUCAAUAAAGACAUUAACCUUGAAUCCAGCCUAAUCCCUAAAGAGAUGUAUCCAGUCCAUUCUGGGCUGGAAACUCUUGAUGAAGCCGGCUGAAAAUUCAAGAAUCCUCUCAUUGAUGAUUCUAAGAUGCUAUGGAAAUAUGAGAACGAAAACAAAGUAAUCAAGUUAUACUAUAAAAGAGCUCUUGCCAAUAUUAAAAAGGAGCUAUCAGAGAUUCUCACUUCAGAUAGGUCCUUUCACAAGGUCUCUUCUAAGGUCAACCGAUCAGAUAGUGUUCACAUAAACCCUGCUUUUGGAGAAAACUCUGGGAGGUUAAAUGCUCAUUCUCAAAACAGCUUCACCGGGCAGGAGAAUAUUCUGGAAAUAGAGGCAGAGAGGGAUACUAUGAAUAUCAAUCCACUAAAUCUUCAUAAUUACCAGCCAUUUAACAACAGGAAUGAGAAUUCUGGUACCACCGGAGGAAAUGAUGAUCCUCCUCUCAAAUUUACCACUCUUUUAAGAAAAUCUGAGGAAAUGAAAAUUUCCGCUGAAACUAUAAAAAGACUUCAUAAACUUAAAGAACUUGUAUUAAAAUAUGAAAAGAUUACUAUGAAUGACAUGACCAUUAAGCAGAAAGCUUUAGAGACUAACAAAGAGGUGAACUUCAACCAAACCUUUAGUCAGGAUAGCGUAAGUCAAGCUAUCCAGUCUUUCUUUGGGCAAUCAGAAGUCAAAGACAACUUUGACUUCCUCAAAGAGUCUUCCUUUACCCAGACCAAAGAUAUAGAUAUAGGCUUUCCCAAGGAACUAGAAGUCCUUAAAGAGAUUAAAGAGGAAAUAAAAGAGGAAUCGCUCCGAAGGAAGCAGGAGAAAAAGCUUAAUGAUAAAAACUGUGAAUUCGAUAAAGAAAAUUGAAAUUUUUCCCAAAUCUCUGAGAUAAAAGAUGCCUGUAAUGAAGUGAGGCUUAACAAAACUUCUCCUGAACCUGAGAUGUAUCUAAACACAGAAGAGCAAAAUGAAAUUGAUGUCAAAUAUCUUACCUAUGUGGAGGAAAUGCAUGAGAAGAUCAACUCAAAACAAUUCUAUGGACUAGAACCAGAGGUUAAUGGCUCUCCUAGUGAGAUUUACAGUGAAAAUAGACUCCAUUCAUCUUCUUCUGAGAAAAUGGAGUCUGCAAGAAAGAUAGAAGAUCCCGAAGGAAACCUGUUCGUCAUCACUGAAGCAGCUGGUGGCCAAACAGUUCAAAUUCCUCAUCUAAAUCUUGGCAGAAUAAUCAAGAAACAAAAGAGGAAGAUGUAUCCCUUCAAUAUCAACACCAAUGGAGAACUUAUUGAGGUCACGAACAAAGAAAGCUCAUUGGAUACUUUCAAUGAUGAAGAUGCGAUGAUAAUCUACGAUGAAAAGGACCAAGAAGAUGCCAAAUCCUUAGAUUUAGACAAUGAAGAUCCUAAGCACUCUAAUCUCUUCAACAGCAGCUUUUUCUCAGAUCUUUCCUCUGUACAUAAAGUGAAAAAUAACGAUGAAGCUCAGAUUCAAAUAGAAAGAGACUUUGAAGAUUUCCUUAAAACAGAUAACGAAAGAAGCAGGAUGCAUUUAGAUGAAGAAGAGAGCCACAUGAAUAACCACAAUUCUUUCCUAGACCAAGAACUGAAUAUUGACAGUGUUCAUUUCGAUCAUAGUAAUAUCACUAAAAAUACAGGCUUGAUAAAGAUUCAAGGCUGAGCAAACAAGAAUAUGGUAGAGUCUUCCCUUGGCAUCUUUGAUGAUGAAACUGGAAGGUUCUGAGAUGAAAAGGAGAAAUCUUCCCAAAAAGACCAAGAAACUAGUGAAAAAGAUUCCUCAAAAUUUUGAAAUGUUAAAUUAAGCAACUUUGUUACUUAUGGAGACUCUUUAGAAUCAAGAAAACUUCAAGAGAAGAGCUCAAGUAAAUCUAUUCUAGCCUCACAGAAGUAUCACAAUAAUUAUGUCCAAAGCCAAUGAAAGACUGAAGAAAGUAUUACACAAUCUGCUUUAGAAGCUCCUCAGAAGGUAACUAGAGAUCCUACUUUUGGGAAAGAGGAUAAUGACAGCCAAUGACCUUCAGCAGUCGUUGAAAAUUACGAAGAAUUUGAGAAAAGCAUCAUGGAGAAACAUAUAUGCCAAUACACAGAAGAGGAAGAGAGCAAAAUUAGAAAUAAAUCAGUAGUUAUCCCUCGCUCAUCAAUCUUACUCAAGAACAAGAAGAACGUGAAGAAAUGUAAAGAAGAUAAGGAAAGAACCAUCAAGAACAACUCUGUGUCUCCUAGCAGGAUUAUGCUCAAUUCUAAUCUGAAACUGACCCAAGCUGGAACAGAAAAUGAAGGGCCUAAAGACCAAAUUAAAUACAAAAGCCUCAAAAAUUAUAACAAAGGGAGGAUCAAUUUCAAAUCUUCCAAGAUUCUCACCGGUGAUAACAGCAUGAAUUGACUUAAUGAAAGUCUGAACAAGCGAACAAGCAAACUUGUUAAACACAAGAAGAAAGAUUCAAUAUCAAAUAUAGAUCUUAACAUUAAGAAAGAAAACUCAAGAAAGAGUCUUCAAAAUGGAGCAAAGCCAUCAAUAAACAUCCAAAAAGUAAAAAUUAUGAAGUCAAACCUAAACCAAGAUUUUAAAAUGAAAGGAAGGAAACUAAAUCUUCGUUUUAAAGAUUUCUCGAAAAAUGAACAAAAUAGAGCAAAAUUGAAGACAAGGGCAGAUCCAAGCAAGAACUUAAAAGUUAAUAAAACCGUACCACAUAAGCCAUAUUCUGGGCAGAAAGUCCAAAGCAAGCCCAUUGGCAAGGAGAAUAAAAGCUUUAAGAGUGGUAUAAAUCAGAUAUCUUGAGAAGAAGUGAAACCUUUUAGCAACAGCUCAAUUCCAGUCCCUCAGAAGUGUGAAAAGAAAGUAUCAUCCAAUCUUUUCCAGGUUAAUAAGCGCCGUUUUCCAAAAUAAUUUUCAAUUUUCAAA